UCUUAUUAAAAAAGAAAUAGUUAUAAGAAUUGGAUUGGGUAUGCGAGAAACGUGCAGGUCAACUCACAUACACAAAGACAAGAGGCUUGAUUUGUGCAGACUGAGAAAUUCAGUGGAAACCAGUAAAGAAGAUAGCGACACACCUCCCCACUCACUCAAUUUUGCGGCUCCACUCUCUUCUCUCUCUCUCUCUUCUCUUUCUCUCUCUACCGAUCGAUCGAUGAUUUCAACAGCACCACCACCACUAUCUUCGUCGCUUCUCUCAAUCGGACCUUUUGACUGCUUUAGAUGUCAUGUUGAACCAAUUAUCUGCUCAACGUCAUAUGGAUUCUCCAACAGUUCGAUAAAGCCACCUUUUGGGCUUCAAACAGUUUCUCCAGGCUUGAGUUUCAGGAGUGCGAACACUUUCUUCGGAAGCACACGUUCCCACUUGUUGCCUCAAAUGCAUGGUAUUUGCAUUUCAGUCCCCGUAGCUGCUGAUUAUUCAGAUUCAGUCCCCGACUCUUCUAGUUUCUCUAAUUGCAACAGCUAUCACCCACUUGAAGAAUUGAGAGAUCAUGGCCGCGUUCGUGAUACAAUGCCUACAUCUGCUGAGAUAGCAAGAACUGCCGUAGAGGCUAACAACAAGGCCUUACUGAUAUUCCCUAGCAUUGUGCACUGUGAGCCACAUGAACAAAUCUCGUGGGCUGAAUUUGAGUAUGUUAUUGAUGACUUUGGAGAUAUAUUUUUUGAGGUUCAUGACAGUCGUAACAUCUUGCAAGAUCACGGAGCAAGUAAUCCUGUGUCCGCUUUGAUUGGGAUGGAUAUAUCUCACUACGAGAGUAGAAAGAUAGAUCUUUACGAUGACAGCAUUUCGGACGUCGACUCUGGCGAAGAUAUUUUUCUUGCCGAUGACUAUUUUGAAGUCGAGAAUUCUAGCGAAACGGACAUUGGGGUAGAUUGGGGAAUGUCUGAAAGUUCCAAUUCGACUCAUCCACUUUACUUCGCCAAGUGCUUGACAAAGGCAAUUGAUGUGGAACAUGCUAAAGUGAUGGGUAAUCCAUCAAACGGUGUUGUUAUCUGGGGGUUCCUCAAGCCUACAUUUAUAGACGAAGAGAUUUAUCUCCAACGGCUUUUUAACGAUGACGAGGAGACUGAUAGCUACACCUCCGACUGCAAAGAUGGAGAUAUCGAGAGCUCUAAUUUGAGUGAUUAUGGAAGCUUUGGUAGAUCAACUAUUUAUAGAUUGGAAAUCACAAAAAUCGAGCUAUUCUCGGUCUAUGGUGUUCAGUCAGUGGUUGAUGUAUUGGAUUUUCAAUAUGCUGAACCGGAUGUUCUUGUGCAUUAUGUUCCAUCAAUUCUAGAGCGCUUUGGCGAGAUGGGAACGAGGUGCAACUGUGCUCUUAAGGCUCUCUGCAAAAAGAAAGGAUUCCAUGUCGAGGGAGCACGUUUAAUUGGAGUUGACAGUCUUGGCAUGGAUGUUAGGGUUUCUUCUGGAACAGAAGUACGGACACAUCGUUUUUCUUUCAAAGUCCAGGUGAAAUCAGAGUGUGCUGCAGACAAACAAAUCCAACAACUCUUGUUUCCAAGGUCAAGGCGGAAAAAGUUAAGGACUCUUGAUCGACAUUCUGACAUUGACUCAUUUUGAUACGAAUUUAUUCUCUAUAGGUUGGAAUAAAAGUAUACCCCAAAGUGUUGGGUUUAAGAUCUCCUAACUCGCCUUUGCUCCCAUAUUCCCAUCCCGUUCCCAAUUUUGCAACACAAAAUCUAACUCACAUAUUUUUACGUGAUUUGUACAUACUAAAAUAGUUUUGUUAUUUCAUAAUUUAGUUUACUAAUAAUAUUAUGGGUACAUUUGAUA